CUAUAAAACCCACCGGAAUUCCCACGGAAAGGCAGACCAACCAGACUCCCAAGCCCCGAACAACGACGAUGGCCAUGUCUCCCCAGUCCCUCCUCCUCGUCCUCGCCGUCGCCGCGACGGCCGCGCCGCUGUCACACGCCGCCUGCGCCGACGGCGGCGCGACGCUGCUGCACGGGGUGGCGAACGACGUCCUCCUCGAGUACGGCCUCCCCAAGGGCCUCCUCCCGGACUCGGUCAACUCCUACACCUUCGACAACGCCACCGGCGACUACCAGAUCGAGCUCGCCAGCAGCUGCUACGUCUGGUUCGGCGACCACUACGUCUACUUCGACAAGAACCUCAGCGGCACCAUCUCCCACGGCGCCAUCACCAACCUCUCCGGCGUCAUGGCCAAGAAGCUCUUCAUCUGGGUCUCCAUCACCAGCAUGACCGCGCACCUGGAGAGGGGGAUGAUCGAGUUCCGCGCCGGCUUCAUCACGGAGGACGUGCCGGCGUCGCUGUUCGAGAAGAUCCCCGUCUGUGUCGACGGCGUCGGGGAGCAGCUCCGCGGCGCGGCCGGGGUGGUCCGGGAGCUUGGCCUGCUCCCCGUCGCCGAGGUGUGAGUGACUUCCAAGUCCAAAGUUAGUUGCUUCCAUGCCUUUUGCUGAAAUUUACUAUAUAUGGUUGGCAAAAACAUUUGCACCUUUCUUGUUAGAAAAAGAGAGAUGAGACUAUGAGAGAUACAGUCGGGGUGCGAUCUGCGAUGUAAUGUGGGGAAUUGCAUAUUUGAAGUUCAAUAAAAUAAUCUUUUAUAAGAAUA